AGAACGCGUCAAUUCUUCACAUUACUAAACAGAGACAUGAAAACAAAAUCAUAUAGGCAACAUAAAUAUACAACUGUGUUGGUAUUUAAUCAGAAGAGCAAGUCCGUUCUGGCAGGAGCCAUUAAGAUGUCAAGGUAUGCAGUGUUCAUGAAGACGUCAGGAGAUUCAGGCACUGUUCAAACUAGGAGCAAGGACGUUUGUUACCCUGCCAAGUCCAACAGGAAAAUCCAUCCAUCCAUUUUCUGUACCGGUGCUGCUGGAGCCUAUCCCAGCCAUCAUCGGGCAGGAGGCGGGGGACACCCUGAACUGGUUGCCAGCCAAUUGCAGGGCACACAGAGACGAACAACCAUCCGCACUCACACCUAGGGGCUAUUUGGAGUGCUCAAUUGGCCUACCAAGCAUGGUUUGGGAUGUGGGAGGAAACCCACAUGGACAUGGGGAGAACAUGCAAACUCCACACAGGGAGGGCUGGAGGUGGAAUCGAACCAGCACCCUCCUAACUGUGUGGCGGACGUGCUAACCAGUGCGCCACCGAGCUGCCCUAGUCCAACAGGAAAAUCUUUUCUACAAACGCAUCAUGUACCGUAAUUUUCCAUGUAUAAUACGCCCCCAUGCAUAAUACGCACCCUAAAAAUGGCAUGUCGAUGCUGGAAAAAAGCCUGUACCCAUGUAUAAUACGCACCCAAAUUUUGACUCUUAAGUCCGUAAACAUAAAAUUAUUUCAGAAAAAAGACAAUAUUUGGGAACAACCGGAUGUUAUUCUGCCGGUCAGUAUCACUGCGCAUGCGCUAGUAAACUCGAUAGCGGAGAAAUGUUUCAGAUUUGUGUAGGGUACAUUGUGACAGCAAACGAGCAGGUGAUCGAGCAAGCGUCUGAUACGAGAGCAUUGUGUUCAUAUGGAGCGUGUUUGAAGUGAACAGCAGAGAAGAAAGGAACAAGGCAAAGUGUUGUGAAAUAAAAUAUUACCUGUAAUACGCAUUUUGUUAUUUGCUGAUUGAAACUGCUAAUUAAACUGUGAAUUGGAACUAAUAGGUAGAGAACUGAACUCUCGCUCUUUAUAUACUAGCUGACGUGUCUUGCGCAUCCGUUCUGCGCAUCGGAUCCAUAGUGCGCAUGCGCAGUUAUACUGCCUCCGUAUGAUAUCCGGUCUGCGAUGGAGAUUAAAAAACAAACAAUAUUUGACAAUAACACACCAUCAAGGAUUGCACCAUCGCAUCAAACAAUGUGUCGUCAAUUGUGAAUUUUACUGACUAAGUGUGUUGGGCAGAAUGGCUGAAUGCGAUGCGCGAUUGACGUGUCUUGGGGAUCCGUUCUGCGCUUUCUGUCAUGGCGGCCUCCGUAUGAUAUCCGGUCUGCAAUGGAGAUUAAAAAACAAACAAUAUUUGACAAUAACAAACCAUCCUGGAUUGCACCAUCGCAUCAAACGAUGUAUCGUCAAUUAUGAAUUUUACUGACUGUGUGUUGGCCAGGAUGGCUGAAUGCGAUGCGCGAUUGACAACAAACAAGAAGAAAGGUGAUUUCAAGUUUUAUUUCGAGGGAGAUUUUCCUAUAAAAUUGUUGUACCCAUGCAUAAUGCGCACCCCAGAUUUUAGGACAAUAAAUUAGUUACAUUUUGCACAUUAUGCAUGGAAAAUCACAGUAGUAGCAAGAACAAUGCAGGAAGAGCUGUCAGAAUCCAAGGGUUGGUUCAUUGGUAAAUAUCACCGUCUCAUUGCUUUUCUUCAAAAUGACAGUUGCAUUGUCAAAUAAUCGAUUGCAUAGCACACAAUGACAUAAUGAAGUGAUUGUGUGCUAAAAAGCCUUGUGACCUCAUCACUAUGUGGUCACAAAAACCAUAAGUUGUUGUCAACUCUGUUGCUCUUAUGAAAAGCUUUGUGAUGUCACAAAGGUGUCAAAGCACUUGCAGGAGCCCGAGCAGCUGCCAAUACUUUGGCGACAGACAAGUCAACAACAGCCCAACAAUGGAGAUGGAGAAUCACUGCAUCAAGGCGGAGGUCAUCCUCCCGUUGGUGCAGAAAUACUUUGAGUGCAUCCAGCCAGCGCAGUGGAGCAUGCUGGCCACAGGGACCAUUGACUCAGCCACGCAGGUCAUCCUGGCGGACAUGUGCACGGACAUCACGCAGAAACUCUGUGCCGACACCAUUCGAGUCAUCAUCCCAGAGUUUAAGCAGCGUAUUCAGAGUGCCGAGAAGAAAAGAAUGAGGCUCAAAGUGGAAGGGGGAUUGAGCACCGCCUUUGCCUCGGCACUCAGUGUCCCGGAGCAGCGCAGCAAGAGCUCCCAAAAGCUGGAUUCCCUCUUCAAGAGGGAGAUCUCGCAGAGAGUCAAUGACACCUUGUCAUCAGCCACCAACACAGCCAGCCAGCUGGUGCCACUUAUUUACAUCCCGGGCACCUUCACCAAGAUAGAGGUUCUGGCUAAGAUGGUGCAACUAGCCUGUGGUGCACUUAAGGUUUACCUGAGCAAGAUGUACACAAUGUGCUUCCGCCCGUGCUGGCGCCAAAAGAGCAGACAGGAACCUCCCUGUGACUCAAGGGGUGGGAACAUGUGCAUUUUCAACCGUGAAGAAACCACAGAGACGGUGAUGAACAUUCUACGCAAAUGGACCGACAGCGAGGACAAGUCAGUCAGGACCGAUCGCAAUCUCAAGAAAACAGCAGCAGAAAUUGUAACAACCAUCAUCAACGAACUGCACUACCCUGAAUCAUUGGAGGAGGGACGCAGUCGCUCUUCUAUGCCUCACUUCAAUCUUGGGCUGAUCAAGGAUCAACUCUGCGAGUUCUUUGAAACCUGCGCGUCACCCAACAGCAGCAAUGAAUUUGCUCGCAAACGCAACUUUUUGAACUUUUGCCAAAAGAAGUUUGACCAGCUGACAUUUGAACUGGAAAAGGUUCGUUGUCGAUGCAUGCGGAUGCGCAGGGAAAAAGAGGAGUCCCGAAGAGGAACUCCAGCACCGGAUGGUGAUAAUCUGCUCAGCUUCCAGGGAAUCCAGCCAGGUCUUGAGGAUGUUUUCCACAAGGUGGCACUACCGCCCCAGGGUGUCAGCAUAGACGUGGACGAGAUACGACUCGAAGCCGACAAGUUCUCAAUAGACCUGGCAGAUAAAAUCUACCAUUUCAUGACCACCAAUCGCACCACGAUUCAGUCAGACGCUGUGUGGAGGCGCUUCUCAGAGCCGCUCAUCCUGGAGGUGGAUGAGGAAAAACCGGAGAACAUCCAAGUCUUGCAUAAAAUGGUGGAGGACACCUCUACAAAGUUUGUGCAGCAACUGCUCCUCUGGCUCAAAAUGGAGCCAGUGACGAGGGAGAACCACGCCGAUGAGGUCUACGGUUGCUUGAACGACAUCGACACGCUCAUUAUGGGGACAGUGAUGCCACAAACAAAGGAGGACGUCGACUCGGACAACACUAAGUCCGAAAGCCCACCAGACACGCAGGAAGGGAGCAUCACCACGGAAAGCAGGAUCAGCCAAAAUGCAUUGGAGACGCACAGCGCACAAGCAAAGACUCCAGCCUCCGGGGUGGUACGUGUAGCUUGGCCGUCGCCGCUCCGCCCGCCUUCUGCGGAGGAGAAGCGUUUGCACAGGCCCACAAUGGCUUCCCAGCCAAAAAGUUCAUCCUCAGAAGUUACGCCAGGCCGAUCGGCCUCUGUUCUGGAGGAGAUGGUUACGUCGCUCAUGGCGGUGCUUGUCGUCCAGCUGCUAACGCGCAUCCAAAAAAAACAUAAGAAAGUCGUUCUCUCUCGCGACACACUGCCGAUUAUCCAUCGUCUGUCAAAGAUGGUACUGGAGGACCCAAGCUUGUGCGUCAUCACAGAGGCCAACAUUUACAGCAUCAACAAGGUGAUGAAGGCUGUCGUCAAGGAGAUCCUGCGAGAGUUCGACUGCAUGCGCGAGCUGCCGGAGGCUUUUCUGUCUAACGAGCUGAGUUUUGACAACACCCUCCUCAAGCUACUGAUGGUGAACUUAGAAACCCUGAAAGUCCGCCGGCAACGCAGGACACGCAAGUUAUUUUCUGCUGUGCGCAGGCUUUUCCGACAGACCUUAUGUAUGCGCGCCUCUACUAGCAAGACAGAAAUCCUGGCGCAUGAUGAAACAGCUUCCGAGGCCAGUCUCGGCGUUUAAGGAAGACGACAUCAUGGUCAACUGCGGAACCAAAACUGAGACAUGAAGUCUUCACAAACACACCAAAGUGCAAUCAUGAGGGAAGGCUGCAAUAGCUCUGGCACUCCGUGGUCUUUAUGUACUUAGCAAUAUACUACUUUUGUUUGUCCAUGUUAAGGUCUGUCUAAAUUUCGGGACCCAGAGAGUGCCCCACAAUUGGCCUUGAGUAACAGUCUUUGGCGUGGUUUUUUUAUGAUUUGAACAAAGACUAAGAAAAACAACACAGAGACGAUUUGGACGGCGGUACAUUCGUGUACAUUGACAAAUGUUAUUCCUCUGGGGAAAAAAAGUCUCCACUCGUCCUGUAUAUGAGGAUUCUCUCUGAACCCCAAGCAAUGUCGGGAGAAAUCUGUGUGAAAGGAAUCCUUUGCUCAGUUUUUGGGUGUUGGUUCUCAAAAGGUGUCUGCUAAGACACGUGAGCUUGAUGAGCCAUUAUGGAGAACAUGUGAAGAAAGUCUGAUUGGUUGUCACACCAACCUGUACCACAGGUUUGGCCUGUGACUCCUGAGCGCUCCACCUGAUUCCUCAGCAGGGCGUCACCUGCUGGUCUCGACACCGCUGUCGCUAUAAGACCAAGCAUCCUCCCUCCACCCGGCAUCAGUCAACAACAUGGACAAAUUGUUUGAGAGCGAGACGGGCCAGAAGGUUAUGGUCAACAUGAUUAAAGAGAAAGCAGGUUGACAAUAGGACUCUUGGUUCGCUGCAUCAACACAGUAACACAUCGUCAAAUGUGUGUUGUUUUCAAUGAAACAAGAGCAGAGGGGCUGACGCGAAACAAGUCAACUGCUUCUUUUGCAGGGGAUUUUGCAGAGGAAUGCCUAUCCAAGCUUGGAGGAGGAGGAGGGGCGGAAAGUCAGGAGGACAAAAAAGGUUUCGACGUGGGGGACGUACUACAGAUGGUCGGUGGGAGGAAGGAGGACAAGAAAGGUUUUGACAUGACUGAUGUCCUGUCCAUGGCUGGUGGGAAGCAGGAGGACAGUGGAGCAGGAAUUGGGAAAGCUCUGAGUGGACUGUUUGACUAGAAAAGCGCAGACCUCAAGCUCCUCCACAACUUGUUAAAAGGGCAACUGUAUGUGUACAACUGUCAUUCCAUGAAAUAAAGCGACAAAAGCCAUGUCA